UUCAGACGUGUUGCGCCGUCCGGAGAACUCAACUUGCAAAAUUGUGAACCUGCAUACCGCAUACCUUUGAGGCGCUGUCUUAUGCCCGACGCCGACAGCGUCGUACUCAACUUUUCACGCGGCACACCAAGCGUCGAGGAACGUAUUCGGACCAGAAUUCGUUGGUGAUAAAUAUACGGUGUACGUAAAAAAUUUAAGAUGAGCAUAUCCGUAAACACCGGGCCGUCCGGAUCUCUUCAUGGAUGGCUUAAAAGACGCCCGGAUUCAGAAGAUGAUGGUAAAGAGGAAGGAAGAGGGGCCAAAGCGCCACGAUAUUCGUGGUACGUAACUCUUGAGAGUGAAUCUCCACAACCCACUGAUGAGGAUGAUGAAUCCGUCUAUAGUGUACAGGAUAAAGAAACAGAUUAUGUUGCAGAUACUUCUGACACAUCUACUAAUACAUGGCUCAGUAGCAGCGAUGCUGGCGAUUUAUCUCUUCAUGUUGAGUAUGAAGUUGCCUCUCUUUCAGAAGGUCCGAAUCCAUUUGACAAUGACGAGUCCUCCUCUGGUGUGUCUGAUAUCGUGACUAUGGGUGUCUUGACCUUUUGUGACUCUGACCUCGGUUUAGCGGAUAACAGCAACGAUUCACGGAGUUCGGUUGACAGUGAGAUCGGAACAGCAGACUAUUGGACAUGUGUUCAAUGCAAUACCAAGAAUAACAAUCCCCUGUUCCGCUAUUGCGAAAAAUGCUAUCAGAUAAGGAAAAACUUUUUCCCACCUCGGCCAAAAUGGCGAAAAAGGAAACGACAUAUUGAGUCCGAAGGAGGGAGCAGUCAAAUUUCUGAUCGACAUCCGAAGCAAGAAUUGACAAGUGCAGACUCUGGGCUUGGUUCCAGUCAAGAUAGCAAAUGCUCCUUGACACUAGACAUAAAUUUAGAUGCUAUCACUAUGCCAGGUAACGAGACGGCUGGCUCUCUGAUGCCUGAGAACACAACUGAUACCGUCGACGGUAAAUGUUCAGAGUCCACGCCAGCGUUAAAAACUAAUCUAAAAGAAAAAAAUGAUGACCGGACGCAUUGCGAUCAAGUGGACGUCUGUGCUGGAUACCUUAACACGAGUAGUGGGGUCGGUCCGAACACCGAUGGGUUGCCUUCGAGUCAGGAUGAUGCCCCUAGUACUGGCACUGCUGCGUCUGACGGCGACACAUCAUUCAUUACAAAUGAAACUCUCAAACAUCGAGAUAAACUUCGCGAGGCGGUAGAUACAACACGAGUUGAAUCGGAUAGUAAGUUGUGCAUCACCUGCACGGCCGCUCCUAAAAACGGUGCCUUUGUUCACGGCGCAGUUACGCAUAUCUGCUGUUGCUAUCGUUGUGCGGUAAAAGUCUGGUCAAAGACGAAACGUUGCCCGAUUUGCAAUAGAAGGGUGACGAAUGUACUAAAAGCAUUUUACACCUAAAUAAACAGUUGUCAAACGCGACAGCAACUGUCCUGUA